ACCCAUCUGUUUCCAAACCCUUAACCAUUCUAUCACUCACUCUACCUACUACGCAUACAUACAUGCACGCAAAUGUAGAAUCACAGAUAUGGCCAAUUUGUCCCCCGAAGAGAACCCACCAGCCCCUCAAAUCCCCGACUCUACGCUCGAUCUUGUGCAGUUGCCAAAUCACAGCAACCUACCUUCCAUCCCGACGCCAAACCCUGUUCAAUAUAGAAGGCAUUCUAGUUAUCGGGGAAUACGAAGCAGGAGCGGCAAAUGGGUAUCUGAAAUACGCGAACCGCGUAAAACCACGCGUAUAUGGCUCGGAACGUACCCCACUCCUGAAAUGGCAGCCACCGCGUAUGAUGUGGCUGCUAUUGCUCUAAAAGGUCCCGACACGGAUUUGAACUUUCCGGAUAUGAUUCUUUCGUAUCCAAAAGUGGCUUCUACAUCCGCAGCCGAUAUUCGAGCGGCUGCUGCUAGUGCUGCCGCUUCCAGGCUACCCAUGCCAGAUACGGGGUCAUCAAAACAGGAUCAAGGCAACCUUCAAAAUGAGGGUACCGCGUCGACUUUUAGCACUUGCAUGGAGUCUGGUUCAGGUCAGGAAUAUAUUGACGAGGAAGAGCUUUUAAACUUUCCCAAUUUGAUGGUGGACAUGGCAGGAGGAAUGCUCGUAACCCCUCCCAGGAUCAACUCACUCGCUUCAGAUGAUUCACCAGAGAUUUCAGAUAUAGAAAGCCUAUGGACUUAUCCUUAAAGGGUCUCUAAAUUUACUAAGAUAGCAGAAAGUACAAAAGAAGAAAUGUGAUUGAAAAAGUAGAUGAGAUGAUCACAAAUGUGAAGGUAUUUGUCCUUUUUGAUCUCUUUUGGGGUGUUUCUGUCAUGCCCUGUAUCUGUAUGCAUUCCUGAGUAUUGCUAGUUAAAGUUUGCUUGAGGUAAAUUAAACUAAAGAGAGACUAACUUAAUUUCCCA